UCUAGGUGUAAACAAUCCAAACCAGAACAACUGCUUUCACAUUCCGUACCCUCAUUCCUUCGAAUUCUUCGUUAAUUUAAGCAUACAUUCGUCAGUACCAAUAGUAGUAUUUCUCGAUAAAACAAAAUUUUUCUUCUCGUGUCACCAAAUUGAUCAAAACCAAGAAGUGUCAUGAAAGGUGUUGUGAUUCCUGGGACCAAAAUAAUUAUAGAUUCUGAUGAACCAGACCCUGAAGAUGAAUAUCUUCAUUUUUUGUCUUGCGUUAACCUUGAAUCCCCGUAUGAUUUUGCAGUCAUGAAAGAUUUUAAAAGGAUCUACACAUCUGCGUUUAACAAGUGGUUUCUCAUCAAAUUUCACAAAUUCAAAUCCGAGAGAAUACAUUGUUGGGAUGAAGAAACACCUAAGGAUAUUCCAGCAAAUGCUACUGAUGUCUUUAUGAAAGUGCAGGUUAUUGACUCAAACUAUUGUGUUGGUUCAGUAAUGUUCCUAUUUGAAGGAACAGCUGGUAAUUACUUGUACGCAGGCAAUUUUCGGUAUUAUGAGAAACUUUUAGAUGAGCCAUGCCUACAAAAGUAUCGCUAUAAAGCUAGUGAUUUGUUCGUCCUGUACCUUCAUUCCCCAUAUCCUGUCGACAGAUGUCCGUCAUUUGAAUCAAAAAACACUGUGAUGUUUAAGAUCUUAGAAUUUGCCUUGUGCUAUCCACUUGAUCAUUUCAUUUUUGUUUCUCCGCAUAUUGGAAAUGAAGAAUUGUAUGUGGCCCUCUCGCAGGAGUUAGGGGUGAGAAUUUAUGUGAAUUCUAAACAAUUGAAAAUAUUGAAGCAUCUGAAGUUGGAUCAAUACUUUACAGAUGAUGACGAAGAAGCACGAAUCUGGGUCGUAAAUGUGUCUGAACUCAAAGAGAUUCAAAACCGCAGCUUGACAUUUGAUGGUUCAUAUCAAAUUGUGUCUCUAUUUAUGGAGCAAGACCUCAGUUUUCUCCAAGAAGAGAUAAUGCACUUCCCAUAUCAGCCAUAUUCAUCAAGGGAGGAACUAGCCCACAUGAUCAGUGCUUUCCAUCCAUUUUCUGUCCAGAGGAUAGAAUCAUUACAUCAGGAAACCACAUCAUCCAAACUUACGGAAGGAUCUCUCCGUUCUGGCCCCAUUCAGCCAGUCCAAAAAUCAGAAACCAAAUCAUCUCACCAAAUCAAAAGUAGCAAGGAUGCUGUGAAGACAAGGACCCUUAACAAUCCAGGCUCACAGAAAGCUUUGAAGAGAAUGAGCAGUAAAGAGUGCAUUGAUCGAUUACCACACCAUAGAAAACAUGCAAAAGUUCAUGAAAAUUCAGACCGAAGACUUCAACGAACGUUUACGAAAGUAUACGCGGCUGAUCGGACCGCGUUGAGCCCCAUUGUGCCGCCUGACAAUAAGAGAUUGAAGCAAUGUGACGAGAGUGGAAAAAAAGCAAGUAAAAAAACUGUUCCGGAAUAUUUGCACAAGUCCAUUGUCGACUGGAUUAAUACGAGCCCUGUGGCGCCUGAAGAUAUGAAGUUGGGCAAGGAUUCGGAGGAUGAUAUUUUUGCCAGUUUAGAAACUUUUGACGGAAGAAAAGAGACCGUUUGUAAGGACACACCUGAGUCACAAGACAAAACCUGUGCAGAAUCAAAGUCGGCAGAAUAUUCAACUAAUGUUUCAAAAAAUCAAGAAGCCAUAAGAAAGCCUGAGUAUUUCUGGGAGUCAUUGAGAGGUUUGGACUUGUAUGAAGAUACGAGCCCUGUGGCGCCUGAAGAUGUGGAGUUGGGCAAUGAUCCGGAGGAUGAUAUUUUUGCCAGUUUAGAAACUUUUGACGGAAGAAGAGAGACCGUGUGUAAGGACACACCUGAGUCACAAGACAAAACUUGUGCAGAAUCAAAGUCGACAGUGUAUUCAACUCAUGUCUCGAAAAAGCAAGAGGCCAUAAGAAAGGUUCAGUCGUUCUGGGAGCCAUUAAGAAGUUUGGACUUGGGCUUUCCUGACAUGGUGUAAGGAUACGUUAAGUUUCCAAGAAUCAUUGUUUAAUGCAAUAUAUUUUCACACCACCUGCAAUCACCUGAACCUGCACUAUUCAACAUCACACAUCAAGCUCUUUCUUAAGAAUAGUGUGAAUAUUAUUUACUUCUUUAGUCAUAAUUUCUAACGAUCGAUCAAUUUGUUUUGUUAUGCUGUGGUUUAUUUUUUGUUGAAUUUCUGUCCCAGCUUUCUGUUAUUUUUAUUUUCAAUUAACUUUUUGUCUCCAGGUUUCUUUUUUUUAAUACUCAUUUAACUUAUAUCCAGGUUUCUAUUAUUUUUAUUUUCAUUUUACUUGGUGCCAUGCAGCUUAAGAAUUAACAAGCCUUUACCAAUACAAAUAUGGUAAUAACAUUUAUGUUUCAUACAGUAAGCAUCCCACCUCUUAUGGAGAAACUAAGCAGGAGGCAAACAUUAAGCUAUCGAAAAAAAGUUGCUAGAAUCUGGUUUCACUUCAAAUAUUUGUCAAAGAACAGAUCGAUUACACAUACAGGUACAAUUUAGCUAUUUCCUCCAAAAUAAUCUUUUGUGUAAACCCUACAAUGAAGAUGAAAGUAUGCAAACUUGAAAAUUAACUAUUCAAACGAAUCAAAUCUGGCACUCAGAGAUUUCUCUGAUGACUAAUUUUAUCGAAUAAUCUUGUUGUUCCAAUGACCAAUCGAAUACAAUAUUUCGUGCUUGCAUACUUUCAGCUUCAUUUUAGAGUUUUUAAAAUAUGUAGACCCA